AUGACCUCCCCCGCCCACAACGACUUUCGCAGCGACACCUUCACAACCCCAACGCCGUCGAUGCUCACCGCAAUGACGACCGCCACAUUCGGCGACGACGUCUACACCGAAGACCCGACCACGAACGAAUUCCAGGCCGAAGUCGCACGCCUCACGGGGAUGGAAUCCGCCCUGUUCAUGCUCUCCGGCACAAUGGGGAAUCAGAUCGGGGUGCGCAUUCACCUCGCCCAGCCCCCGCACAGCGUGCUCUGUGAUUAUAGAGCUCAUGUCUAUGCGGAGGAGGGAUCGGGCCUUGCGGUGCUGUCGCAGGCUAUGGUUACGCCGGUGCAUCCGAGGAAUGGGCUGUAUAUGACGCUUGAGGAUGUGGCGAGGUGGGCGGUUCUUGGGGAUGAUAUACAUACGGCGCCGACUAGGGUGGUUAGUAUUGAAUUGACGAUUGGGGGGGUUUUGACGCCGAUUGAGGAGAUUAAGAGGAUUUCUGAGUUUGCGAUGGGGCAUGGGAUUAAGGUGCAUUGUGAUGGGGCGAGGUUGUGGAAUGCUAGUGCUGCGACUGGGCUUGCGCUGUCUGAGUAUUGUCAGUAUUUUGAUAGUGUGUCGAUGUGUGUCUCGAAGGGACUUGGGGCGCCUGUUGGUGGGGUCCUAGCUACUACAAGUGAAGGUAUUAAGAGGGCUAGGUGGUUGAGGAAGCAGAUGGGUGGUGGGAUUCGACAGGCCGGUGUAUUGACAGCUGCAGCAUUGGUUGGGAUACGAGAGGUAUGGCCGACAAUGGCGCAGACUCAUCUGAAAAUGAAGAAGCUGGAGCUGGAUUUAAAGGAACUAGGAGUCGUUCCACAGAUUCCAGUUGAUACAAACUUUUUCUUCAUUGAUGCUGAGACGUCGAGACUGGAUAUGGGGGUUUUGCUGGAACAGUGCGAGAAGGCCGGCGUCAAACUGAUGGACGAGAGAAUUGCAAUGCACCAUCAGAUCAGUGAUCACGCAAUUGAGAGUCUCAAAACUGCUAUUGCCCAGGCAGUGAAGAUUACCAAAGAUCUACCGGCUGGAUAUGUAUCCAAGGUCCAGAAAGGGGGGUAUGGGAGCACUUCCAAGAUGAACGAGUGGAGUUAG